UACAGCAAUUGUGUAUAUAUUCUGAUUAAUGACAGUUAAAUAGUGGCUUUGACGAGGCACGUUAAAAACUGUCAGGGCAGCCUGAAACGUUUUUGUCUCUCUAUUACUCCUCUAUUGCUAAGUUACACGGUUGUAACUUUGCUUUCUGAAACAAUUUAGCCGCCUGUUCCCAUAAACAGGGGGUCAAUUAAAUGCUACUUUAGAAGAAAAAUAUAAAAAUAAUUGAUGGCUAUUUAUAGCUAACUCAGAUGGAUCUGUUUACAUCUGUUUUACCGUUCACGGUUAGAUGUCUUUACUGAAUGCAUUCUGCAUACUAAACACUGCUGCUUAUGGAAACACGCGUGGAGACAAAGCAUUUGUUGAAACUUAAAACCCGGGUGAAUAUGUUGGACUAAUCAGUUGUUGUUUACACACUCUUGUGUUACUUUCUAGCUUUUCCCCCGCGUGUGAGCUGACAUACUGCUACGCCGAGGAGAACGUGUAUCCACCCUACCACACCUCUUCUUCAAGCAAACUCCUCGACUCUUUUGGAUGCUAUUUGAAACUUGAAAUUGUUCUUCAGCCUUUUAAACGGAAUGAAUUUUGAAAACACAUAACUUGGAGAGCUUCUAGUAAAAAGUGUGUUGAAAUAGCCCACCGGUGGAGUUUGUCAGCGUUUGAGGACGUCGCAUUAGGCGUUUCUGGAAGGGAAAUUAACUUAAAGCUGCAAUGGAUCAAGCCAGCGGUGGGGAGGAUCCAAAUAAGCCCUCUAAAAAGAAAUCCAGCGAGGAUGAGGGUAAAAACAAAAAGCUGAACAUACACAUAAAAACAUUGGCUGAUGAUAUGCGUGAUCGUAUUACCAGUUUUAGGAAAACGGGGACGAAGAAGGAAAAGCUCCUGAUACAGCACCCAACAGAUCCCCUGUCUACCCAAACUGAACUUCCUGUUCCUCAGCCCCUUUUUGAUGAGCGGUCCAUGAAUCUCUCAGAAAAAGAAAUCAUUGACCUCUUUGAGAAGAUGAUGGAGGACAUGAACCUGAAUGAGGAUCGCAAAGCGCCGCUGCGAGAAAAGGACCUGAGCACCAAACGCGAGAUGGUGGUCCAGUACAUCUCAGCCACGGCCAAAUCUAUAACUGGGAGCAAAGUUGCGGGUGGACUGAGGAACAGUAAGCAUGAGUGUACCCUUUCUUCCCAAGAAUACGUCCAUGAACUGCGUUCUGGCAUCACAGAAGAAAAGCUGCUCAAUUGCCUGGAAUCCCUCCGAGUGUCUCUCACUAGUAACCCUGUCAGUUGGGUUAAUAACUUUGGCCAUGAGGGUCUCGGACUUCUUCUGGAGGCACUGGAGAAGCUGCUGGACAAGAAACAGCAAGAGCCCAUUGAUAAACGCAACCAGCAUAAACUUAUCCAGUGUUUGAAGGCUUUCAUGAACAAUAAGUAUGGACUGCAAAGGAUCUUGGGAGAUGAGCGGAGUUUGUCGUUGUUGGCUCGAGCGAUUGACCCCAAACAGACCAGCAUGAUGACAGAGAUUGUCAAAAUUCUCUCCGCUUGCUGCAUCAUCGGAGAGGAAAACAUCUUGGAUAAGAUUCUGGCUGCUAUGACAAUUGCUGCAGAAAGGAACAAUAAAGAGAGAUUUGCUCCAAUUGUGGAAGGACUGGAGAACCAUGAGGCCCAGCAGCUCCAGGUUGCCUGCAUGCAGCUGAUCAAUGCCCUGGUCACCUCCCCUGACGACCUGGACUUCAGGAUACAUUUGCGCAACGAGUUUUUAAGAUGCGGCCUAAAGAAGAUCCUUCCUGAGCUAAAAGAGACAGAAGAGCUGGACAUCCAGCUGAGGGUGUUCAAUGAGAACAAGGAGGAGGACUCGAUCGAACUCUCACAUCGCCUGGAUGACAUCCGCGCAGAGAUGGAUGAUAUGAAUGAGGUGUACCAUCUCCUGUCCAAUAUGGUGAAAGACACUGCCUCAGAGACCUACUUCCUGUCAAUCCUUCAGCACCUAUUGCUCAUCAGAAAUGACUAUUACAUCAGGCCUCAGUACUACAAGGUGAUAGAAGAGUGUGUGUCUCAGGUGGUCCUCCAUCGCAGCGGGAUGGACCCGGAGUUUGUCUAUAAUAAAAGAUUGGAUGUGGACUUCACCCACAUGAUUGAUCAGCUUGUGGAUAAAGCCAAAGUUGAAGAGAGUGAGCAGAAGGCAACAGAGUUCUCCAAAAAGUUUGAUGAAGAGUUCAGUGCACGGCAGGAGGCCCAAGCCGAGUCUCAAAAGAAGGAAGAAAAAAUCAAAGAGUUGGAGGGGAAGAUCCAAACCCUGGAGUCCCAGUUAACUAUUGAAAAUGACAAGCUCAAAGAGGCUCAGAGACUCAUCAGGGAAUCUGAAGCCAAGAUUGCUACAGGCCUUACUGCAACUGGAGCACCACCUCCACCACUUCCAGGAGGUGCUGGAGUUCCACCACCACCUCCACCUCCUCCUCCCCCACCUGGUGGUGUUCCUCCACCUCCUCCACCUCCUCCACCUGUCCCUGGCCAUGCUGGCAUUCCGCCACCACCUCCUCCUCCACCGCCAGGUGGUGGACCACCCCCUCCCCCGCCACCACCUGGUUUUGGGCCUCCACCCCCGUUUGGAGGCCCACCAGGACCUCCACCACCUCCUGGAUUUCCUGUUGUUAAGCUGCCUUAUGGACUGGAGCCCAAGAAGACCUACAAGCCUGAAACUGUCAUGAAGAGGGUCAACUGGACCAAGAUAGUGCCUCAGGAAAUGGCAGAGAAUUGCUUCUGGAUCAAAGUCAAAGAAGAGAAGUUUGAGAAUCCUGACCUAUUUGCUCAGCUUUCCCUCUGCUUCUCCUCACAGAGCAAAGCAAGAAAAGACCUGAAGGAUGAAAAUGAAGAAAAAGUGCCACAAUUUAAGAAAAAGGCAAAAGAGCUUCGUAUCUUGGAUGCCAAGACUGCACAGAAUCUUUCAAUUUUCUUGGGCUCGUUCCGCCUGCCUUAUGAAGAGAUCCGGGACAUUGUGCUCCAGGUAGACGAGGAGAGACUGAGUGAAUCACUCAUCCAGAACCUGAUAAAGAACCUGCCAGAGCAGAAAGAGCUGAAUGCGCUAGCAGAACUAAAGGGUGAAUAUGAGGAGCUUGUGGAGUCAGAGCAGUUUGGCAUUGUGAUGAGUUCAGUAAAACUCCUACGGCCACGUCUCAACGGCAUUCUGUUCAAGCUGACGUUUGAGGAGCAGGUGAAUAACAUCCGGCCCGACAUCAUGAAUGUGACAUUUGCUUGUGAGGAGGUGAAGAAGAGUGAAGGUUUGAGCAAACUCCUGGAGUUGGUUUUGCUGGUUGGCAAUUACAUGAAUGCCGGCUCAAGAAACGCCCAAACCUUCGGUUUCAACGUCAGCUUCCUUUGCAAGCUCCGAGACACUAAAUCUGUCGGUCAGAAUACAACACUUCUUCAUUUCCUGGCUGAGAAGUGUGAAGAGAGCUACUCUGAAAUUUUGAGGUUUCCAGAUGAACUGGAGCAUGUGGAGAACGCUAGCAAAGUGUCCGCCGAGAUCUUAAAAAGCAGUUUGACCAACAUGGAACGGCACAUUCAGAGGCUUGAGAAUGACAUCGAAAACUUCCCCAAAACAGCCGAUGAACAAGAUAAGUUUGUGGAAAAGAUGUCUGGCUUCAGCAAGAGUUCCAGGGAGCAGUAUGAAAAAUUGUCCACCAUGCACAAGAACAUGCAGAAGCUGUAUGAAAAUAUAGGCAGUUAUUUUGCCUUUGACCCCCACUCGGUCAGUGUGGAAGAAUUCUUCGGAGAACUGGCCACCUUCCGCAUGCUCUUCAUGGAAGCAGUGAAGGAGAACCACAAGAAAAGGGAGAUGGAGGAGAAGAUCAAGAGAGCCAAGCUGGCGAAGGAGAAGGCAGAGCGUGAGAAGCAGGAGCGCCAGCAGAAGAAGAAGCAGCUGAUUGACAUGAACAAAGAGGGAGACGAAACCGGUGUGAUGGAUUCCCUGAUGGAGGCUCUGCAGUCAGGGGCCGCCUUCCGUGAUCGGCGAAAACGGACACCACGCAACGGUGAUCAAAGCCCUACCAGUCCAGCCCCGUGGUGGUCGGGUGCUAAUUAUGGUAACAGAACUCUAGACAACCGUCGUGCAGUCCUGGAAAGAUCUCGCUCACGGCACAACGCAAAUCACCAAGCUCGAUGAUCACCCGCGCCUACUAUAAGACGCUAGAUAAGUGCCAAAGAGGGCUGCGAGGAGGAGACCUAGAAGACAUCUGAAGGAGGGACAGACCACCCCUUACUGUGGCACAUACACAAACUCCAAGGAAUCCCACAUACACACAGCACCAAGUACAGAACAAACAAGCCUAAAGAAACUACACAGAACUGAAGAAUCAUUUUCAUCCAGUUCAUCAGACGUUUUACAUAUUUAUUCAAGAAUUGCUCAUCACUUUAAAUGUUUGUCCUCUCUAGCUGGUUUGAUAUUAAAAACAAUACAUUUUAAGGUUACUGCAGAGAAAUGAAACGUUUUGAUUGUUUGAAAAUCCAUUUUCAUUCUUGCAAGUCUAAGCCUUCCACUUAAAUCCUUCUGUAAUCAAAAUACUUCACACUCAGAUUUGACGUGAAACAUGUAUUGAACAUUGCAGCGUACUGAAGAAAGAACUAAUGCCAAGAAGGACUGCAGAGUCGUUCAUUCCCGUGAACAUACCGCACACCCUUUAUUUUGCAAACAAGCAGCGGGGCAGCUGUCCUCUAAAUGGAAAACAGGGAUUUAACACCCGUGUUGGCAAGCCUUCAACCUGCUGAUGUUUUCUCGAGCAGCUCCCCGAGCUCUUAUCAAAGAGCGAGUAGUUGUUUAAAAUUUCUUACUGCCAGUACCUCCUUCAACCAACAUCAAGACAGUUUUCACAACAGCCAGUUGUCUCCGUAAAUCAGCUCAUUGCAUAUACCACAAAGCCACAAGAGCUGGCCCCCGUCUGUACCGAUAUUUCAGAGCUUGUGACUCAUGGAUUUUGAAACUGUAAUCUCCAUUUUGACAAGAUGCAUUUUAUUUUUAGUUGUGUAAUAUCUAACUUUGCCUUUGGGUGCUGAUCUGUCCCAAGGUCGCUUUUGCUUCUAACAUGAGAGACUGACACAUUUUUAAAUGCAUCUAACUGCCUGGAGGAGCUAACAUGAACUUUUUGACCUUUCCUGUGAUCAGGUGUUCAGCAAGGAAAAAAAAACGACAACAUUACCAUCAUUUUAUUAUUAAUCUGUUUGAAAUACAAUAAAGGCACAGGCCGAAAAUUAAUCUAUCUGUAAACUAGCAGUAAAAGGUUUGCACUUUGUCUUUCAUUUGGUUUUUAAACACUGGAAUCUCCAGAAAAAGAAAGAAAGAAAUUAUGAAAAAUUUUGAACCAGGUUAAAAUAACAAGUGUUUAUGUAAGCAACCUGUUGCAGUAGUUACUGAAAGGCAGUGCUGUCACCAGUGCCUGACGUAGGACUCGUCUCUAUGACUACAAAACAAAAACGAGGCUUGCAAUCUAACAUGUGGUUAACUUUGUGAAAGGGUCCGUUUUAUCCCAAAUGUUGACCUUUUCCCAAACCUAACUGAAAAACAUAAUAUAUAUUUGGUAGAACAUGAGACAUGAUUUUAUAUAAAUAUGUAAAAACCCUCGUAGGUUCCAAAACAUUUAAAUUCAUCUGACUGAAUGUAUGAGGUCAAACAGGGUUUUAAGACCACCAAGAGGUGGGAUUUGUGUAAUUCUUCUACCUGGACAAACUCCUCCAAACAGCCACCUGGUGUGUGGCGUUUGUGUACGUGAUAGUUGAAACUUUGCUGUAAGCUUGUUUCUCUGUAUGGGCUCACUGUCACACAGUUUCACGUGAACUAUUUAUUCAUGUAUUCAUGCCUAGGGUGGCCCUUGUUCCCUUACUUCCCUAAACUGUAAGCAGAUGCUACUAAAAACAACCGCUGAAUCCACAUGGAGACCGGGCACGAGCAGAAUUAUCGACUGAGGGGCACAGUAGACAAGAUGAUCCUUGUCUUGGAAAGCGAGUCUCCGAACGCCCUCCGAUUCCCCGGCACUAAGGGCACGAACAAUCAUUUUACCUUAAGACAGGUUACCAUACUAAUAACAGAACUCAGCUGUAGGCUUUGUGUGUCUGUGUGUUGCUGUUUGGGGCAAUCGUCUGUGUGCACCAUGCCAGCUCAGUAAUCGGAACAGGAACUCGGGCAAAAUAGGAUUCCAUGUGCUUGACUCCUGGGCUGAAUAGAUGGAGAUUUUUUUCAUUUAAACAAUCUGCCAGUGCAGCUUAUGAUGUGUCUGUUUCAUGAUGCCUCCUCUCCCAGCCUGCGCACUUCUAAAAAUGCAAUUUUACACAUCAUCUCGGCUCAAGGUGCACCCACAAUACUCUGAGACGUCUGCAUAUUUAAUUCUCCUCUGAAUAUAAGGUUUGAGCAGUCAUACAGAGAAAGCAGAGAGAAUGAGGUUUCUGCAUUGAUGGCAGUUUUAAAGACGUGUUGCACACAGCGCAGAGAUUGCAGUGAUUUUUCUUCCCUUUCUAGUAGAUACUUGCCCUUUGCCCUCAGCACAGUUUCAAGCAAUUAAUAACGGCUAUUGUUUUAUCAGUCGUCCAACUACAGUGAUAUUUAGUGCUUUAUGAUUGGAUACUGUGUAUGCUAAAACAACAAGUGGUUUGUGGUCAGCAGUAACAGUGUUUUUCUCACAAAAUUUGACUGAAUUAUUCUUUUUUUGCUCAUUUUAAACAACUUUCUUCCACAUUUGCCAAGUGUUUGUUUAGCUUUUUUCUCUAAACUAUGAAAAAGACUGUACAGACAAAAGCUUUUUUAAAACUGUAAUUGUUAUUUCAACUUUGAUCCAAUUAAGUCAUUCAGAGUAGGAAAUUUGAUGUUAUUAUGAUAGUCAAGUGUUAUUUCUUAUCGAAACACCCGUGCAUCUUUUUAGAGAUGUCAUUUAAAAAUCUGUUUUGUAAUGAUUCUGAUGUGCACCGUGCUGAGCUAAGCGCUGCAAUGUUUGCCAUUAUAGAAGUUCCAGAUCAUCAGUGUUCACCUUGAAUACGUUUGGUGUUUUUGAAUGAUAACAAUGAGUGAAAACAAGACGCUUCUACAACGACAACAUUUCCAUCGUCCCUGUGAGUGAUUCAUGUGUUUCUCCCCCACACCCUCUCGUAGAAUAUUCAGAAUAAUGUGUUUUUUCUAGAAGAAUAGUAGAGAGUCCAAUGACAAUGAACCCGAAUUGGUCUGCCGUGUUAUUGUAGAAAUCAGCAUAUCGGCCCAUCCUCUUACUGGUUGUUACUAACAAACCUCAGCUGAUGAUGUUCUCAUUGUAAUGGUAAGAACGGCGAGGCAGGGGUAUAAAGGUAAAGGUGCCAUUUCUCUGCAGUGGCAAGUGAUUAAAUGAAAAGUUUGAAAUGUUACUUACACUCACUGACUGCGCACUUUACCUCACAAGUUAUUCUGCUCAGGCGGAGAAAGAUUUGUUUAAGAUUCGUAAAUACAACAUUGCCACUAACAGAGUGAACUAUUUGCAAAGCAUUUCUUUUGGUAAAUAGUUCCCAGCUGCCACAUAUCCAGUUCUUUCCGACUUUGUUAGCGCUUACUAUUGAUUUGUGGAAGAACAAUUGUGGCUGAAUCAACAAACAAUGUUCAUAACUGUUGACAAACCCUGUCCAACCAUGGUGUGUAAGCUGCCAUAUCCCUGCCUACCUUUCUUGUUGUCACCGAGUAUGUUUUAUUGUCAUAAGAAACAUUUAUAUUUGUAACAUUUUAAGUUUAUUUGUAUCCUUAGAAACAUGAAAAAGCAAAAUGGUUAUGCACACUGUCCUUCCAUAAACUAUGUAAUGGAAUAUGAUACUAAAUAAUAACCACUUUGUUAUAUAAA